AUGAUAAAACAUGGUGUGAAACCAAAUGUGGUUACUUAUAACAGCUUAAUGGAUGGGCAUUGUUUGGUUAAUGAAGUAAAUAAGGCAAAAUUUGUAUUCAACACAAUGGUCCAAAGUAGAGUGUCACUUGAUGUUCAAAGUUACAGUGUCAUGAUUAAUGGCUUGUGCAAAAGUAAAAUGGUUGACGAAGCCUUGAAUCUCUUUGAAGAAAUGUGUCGUGAGUACUUGGUUCCAAAUACGGUAACUUACACCACUCUUAUUGAUGGCUUGAGCAAAUCAAAGAGAAUCUCUUGUGCUUUGGAGCUUCUUGUUGAGAUGCAUGAUAGAGGUCAACCUGCUAAUGUAAUCACUUACAAUUCCUUGUUGGAUGGGAUGUUUAAAAACCAGCAACUUGACAAGGCACUUAUGUUAUUCAAUCAAAUGAAAGAGAGUGGCAUUGAUCCAGAUAUAUAUGCAUACAACAUACUUAUAGAUGGUCUGUGCAAAAGUGGAAGACUUAAAAAUGCAAAAGAGAUUUUUCAAGAUCUUUCCAUUAAAGGCUAUCGGCCAGACAUGAGGACAUACACUAUUAUGAUAAAUGGGCUUUGCAAAGAGGGCCUACUUCAUGAAGCAUUGGCUUUCUUGUCAAAAAUGGAAGACAAUGGCUGCUUACCAAAUGCUGUGACUUAUGAAAUAAUCAUUCGUGCUCUGUUUGAAAAAGGUGAAAAUGAUAACGCGGAGAAACUUUUUCGUGAAAUGAUAUCUAGAGGCCUAUUGCAAGGAUAG